GGCGAGGGCAUUUCCGGUCCUGCAUCGUGCAGAGGAAGAGGCACACCGCCAUAUUGCUUGUCGACGGCGGGAAUCCUCUUGAACCUUCCACAAGGGAUCGAAGGAUCAUCGGUGCCCUCAAUCACUAGCGCAAGCCAGCAGGCAGUCGGCGCGCGUUGGGGGGGAUCAACACGAGGCAGCUUGCUUGUGAUGCUAAAUUUUGCUCAGUUACGAGGGAUAAGAAGUCUUGUUCUAUUCGCGAGCCCCGUCCGGCCUGAUCGGACUACCUUACAGUCUCUCUUGACGACCUCGAAGACCAUACGACCUUGACACCAGUACGAUACAAGCAAGGAUGGCUUUUUUUCAUCCUCGUCACGCCUACAAUGCCUCAUGGCUUCUUCUCAUUGUCGCGUUCAUAUUCCUGCUGCUAUGCUCAAUCUCGGUCCCUGUGGUACAUUCGCUCUACUUCAUGAGCAGUGACAUCUCCGGCGGUUCCCGAUAUGGGAUGUGGGGCUGGUGUGAUUAUGAUCUUGGCUACUGCUGGGGAAACUACCUCUACUGGGGGUUCGACCCCUUCUUCGUCGUGUGGAUGACAAGAGUCCUCGUUUUCUACCCCAUCUCCUGCAUUCUCACCUUCCUCACCAUCCUCGCCCUGAUCCCCGCCUCUGCCCGUUCUGAAGGUCACGAGCCCAGACCCCUUGCGAUCUAUCCCGCCCUCGCAGGCCUCACAUGCUUGUGCACGAUCGUCGCAUGGUGCUUUAGCAUGGCGAUGUUUGCGAUCGCACGGGACAGACUGAGGGCGGAUGGGUUUUCGGCGGACUUUGGCGCAUGCAUGUGGCUGGGGUUGAUUGCUAUGCUUUGCAUGAUCGUAGUCUCUUGGUUGGGGUUAUGGUCUGGGAGGGCGAAGACUACCUACUGAGCCGGUUGGGACAACCUAAGGACGUAUUCCAACACCGGCGGUUCUUGACGCGUACUGUUUCUCAUGAUCAUACAGCUAGGCUCAAGACUCCAUAUCACCUGUUUUCCGAGUACAUUUGCUCAUACCACAUACGCAACGCUGUUUAGACACGUUGUCGGACUGUACCCUUAUGCAGAAAUUUGCAAUAUUCAACGUUUUG